AUGCUUGGAUCGGGUUCGAACCACGGAACUUCCGGUCUGCUUGGAUCUCGAACCACGGAACUUCCGUCAGUAACGGCGGGGACUGUCUGUGGCCCUCCUCGCACUAGUCACCUGUUCUGCACCACCGAUCGUUCAAGUGGUCCAUGUUUCCUCGUAGAUACGGGAGCUGAAGUUAGCGUGUUACUACGUAAGAAUCCACUUCCCGAUUCUCCUUCUUUCUCGUCACAAGUCGCUAACGGUACCCGCAUCGCUACAUACGGGGAACGUUCCCUUACCCGCGACAUCGGAUUGCGACGUGCGUUCAAGUGGAUCUUCCUUUUGGCCGACGCCCAAACACCCAUCAUCGGUGCGGAUUUCCUGACCCAUUACAAUCUAUCUGUCGACGUGCGACACAAACGCCUCUUAGACACGCUUACUUCCCUCUCAGUCAACGGAAUUAGUGCCCCAACUUCAUCCACAGGUAUCCGAGUUAUCUUACCGGAUUCACAUUUUGCUGACAUACUUAGGGAUUUUCCAAACCUUACUCACCCAUGUCAGUGCACCCAACCGGUCACUCAUUCCGUCGUUCACCACAUUCAGACGAGAGGUCCACCUGUCCAUGCCAACCCCCGCCGACUUCAUCCGGAUAAGCUACAAAUCGCAAAACACGAUUUCGAACACAUGCUCGAACUCGGCUUCAUCCGCCCUUCAUCGAGUCAUUGGCCAUCACCCCUAAAUAUAGUACCUAAGAAAUCUAAAGGUGAUUGGAAACCCUGUGGAGAUUACCGUUCUCUCAACAACGCUAUUAUCCCAUACAGGUGUCCCAUCCCACGUAUUUGCGAUUUCGCAAGUACCUUAUGCCACACAAACACCUCGAAACUCGAUCUCGUACGGGCAUACUACCACAUACCCGUAGCCCCGAAUGACAUUCCUAAAACGGACAUCACAACAUCGUUUGGCCUUUUCGAAUUUACGCGCAUGCCUUUUGGUCUUCGAAAUACAGCCCAAACGUUUCAACGUUUCAUGGAUGGGGGUUUACUUGGCAUACUGUUUGUGUAUGCCUACCUUGACGAUGUCUUAGUCGCUAGCACUUCCACAACUGAACAUGCAGCUCAUCUCAGAGCAGUGUUUGAACUAAUCGAAGCGCCAACACUUUUGCGCUACGAAUGGGUGUACUACAAAUGCAGCAGGUGCCCUCCAAACCAACGGAAAGCCAUGGAAUCCGGAGAAGCUGGUAAACCGAGCGUAUUUUCUAAUAAAAAAGGCCCAUCCAGAAAACGCAGAGGUAUGCUUGCUACCCCGUCCACAAAGAGGGCGUCUUAUGAUGUUGACGAAGCACAGAUUCCCAGCACAGUGUGUCCCGUAUGUCUGUGUGCGUCCGUGUUUUCUGGUCCACAGAGGAACUACUCGACAGCCGACUUCAACCGCCAAAUGAACGCCCCUCGCGAAGAAGAAAACGCACCUCACAGAAGGACAGGACUCGGUCGAGAAAAUAAACGCGGCAAAAGAUUUGCGACGAUUCUUUUGCGUGGGGAGUUCCUGUGUGUCGAAGCCUCGGAGGAAUAUGGAGAUAUCAUCAACGAUACUCCAGCUAUUUAUACCGGCGCAGUGCACUGCAAAUCGGAAAGUAGGAAGCAGCAUUAUUAG